AUGGCAGCUUCAACCGCCGUGGACCAAUUCAAGGGCGACCUCUCGGCGACCAUCAAGUUCCUGGGGAGCAUGUCUUCCAUGCCCAACUAUGAGUCGAUUCGCCAGAUCCAAGCUGAUGCCCUCACGAAGCGAGCUGCAGGGCUUUGCCUCGACCCUGAGGCAGGGGCAGCACUGGCCGAUUCGUGGAGCACCGGCCCAUGGUCUGUUGACCAAACCAAAGCCUUUUCUGAAGUGCUGGCCAAGGGUGUCAGUGCAACAAGUGGGAGCAAAGGCAGCAAGAAUCGCAGGGAGAAUCAACUGUGCAGCAGCUUCGAGUGCUACUUGAGCGAGAAGGACGUGGAAGUGCUGACUUCUGAUUCCAGCAUCCACAUCAAGCUCGACACUGCAGCAAGCAGGUGCUGCCGGUUGAGGCUCACAUUGCCGUCAGAGCAAUGUGUGAAAAGUAUCCUGGCCGCCAUCGCUGCCAGAUCCGGUGGCACAUGCACUGAAGCCGAGCUCUUUCUCCAGGUGGGGGAGUUCAAAAGAGUGCUUCGUCUCAAAGCGAAGAAAGUCCCAAAAGAAGGGAUUCACAUUGAAACCUAUCCGGUGGGUGGGCCUCGAGAGCUACCGGAUGUUUUGUUCAAGGCGGCCUACGAUGCCGAGGAUGGGCCGGUUAGCACUCUGCUGCCGGCUGGGCAGGUGGCACUCAAAGCCAUGGACAUUUCGCUGAGACCGACGAACAAGAAGGUGAGAGGCAUCUUUGCCACACCGAAGGCGAGCACUGCCAUGGUGCCGGCAAAUUCUAUGUCGAUGCCUGGCAUGCACAUGGGUGGCAUGAACAUGAUGGUUAACCCCUACAUGCAGGGAAUGAUGGGCAUGCAUGGCAUGCCACAUGCUUCGUCCAUGCAGGGCCUCAUGCAAUGGAUGAAGCAGCAGCAAGAUUUGGCGACCCAGCAGGGAGGGUUGCAGAACCUCCAGAUCUUCGCUCCCGGCACGGGGUCCUCUUCGGGAUCGCAACAGCCGCCAUCUUCUUCGACACCGGCAUGUGCACAGCAGCUAUGUUCUUCGACACAGGCACAGCAGCCAUCUUCUUCGACACAGGCACAGCAGCCAUCUUCUUCGACACAGGCACAGCAGCCAGAGAACGGAGAAAGCGGCAUCGAGACAAAGCCUGCAGACCCCUUCGCCUUCCAGCUCGACACAACUCAGGCCCUAGAGGAAGCUACCAAAGUGUCCGAUGCAUUGGACAACCGCAAGACUGGAGGCCAGGGCAAGCGAACGGCUGACGAGUUCGAGGGAGGCUGCAAGCUCGCCGGCAUUCAGAAACUAGCCAUGUCGUUGGACGUGGCCAGCUUGGGUCGGAAGCAUUAUGUGAGCCAGAGUGGUUUAGCAGCUGUUUUGAGGGAGGUUUCCGAAUCGUCUUCCACAGUGGCACCUUCCAGAUCAGGCAUCAAAAGAGCCAGAGAGGAACAGGUCGCCAUCGACACACCAUAUGGCGCUUUGAUCGACAAUAUGCAGAUCAAAGACAAGAAGGGAAAGGAACGGAGUUUCCCAACAUUGAAUCUGAAAGCCUGGAUGUGGUACGUCGUCAAGAACCUGCUUGUUAGUUUUUUCAGCAGGAAAAUGUGGUUCACGGUGGCUUUGGCGAGGUCCCAUCUGGUGAACCAACUUCCUGGCGGCCUCUCGCAGUUCACCCACCACCUCCUGCAAGCACUGAAGCUUGAGGACUUCGAGCAUGGUUUGCUUCUGGACUCGGGCGGUGAACGAGUUAUGUUCUUCGCGAAACUGGACACCAUGGUGGCAGAUGAAGCUGCCUUGAAGGCAGUCUUUGAUGUGAAGGGCUCCUCGGGGACACUACCAUGUCCUUUGUGCUCCAAUGUUGUUGCCAAGACGAGCAUGCUGGAAGGCUGUGACACAACUGGGACACUGGUACCUGUGCACGAAACUGCUCUGGAGAAGGCUGCAGGUUACUGCAAAGCCGAUGUGGCCUUUGAGCAGCUGGAGCAGUCACUGGGGAUGAACCAUAACCCAGAUGGUGUCCUGUUCCAUGGGAGUUUGCCUUUGGCCUCCACUUUGAUGUACGACUGGCUACACUGUUACUUGGUAGCAGGACUGAUGCACGUGGAGCUGGGGCUUUUGUUCCCCAUACUCUAUACCCACGGUGUGACAGUGGAAAGUCUGAAAGACUGGAUGUGUUCCUUCGAAUGGCCCUACGGCUUGAGGACACACCGCAACGAGACACUGAGGAUUUUCGACAAGAGAAUUCCCCCUGGCGAGUUCAAGUGUAGUGCCUCUCAAGGUCUGAACCUGUACCCAUUGCUGCGACUUUUCUUGCUCAGUCUUGCAACAGGAAGCAUUCCAGAUUUACUGGCAAAGGCGAUGACCAGUUGUUUGAAUUUGUUUCUGGAUCUCUUGCUUAAAGGGAACCGGGGAGAGCAGGUGCCACCAGACGAUUUGGAGGCCGCCAUCCUCAAACACUGCCGGGCAUUUCUCAGUGCAUAUGGCUCCGAGCAUGUUGUGCCUAAAUUCCACUAUAGCCUGCACCUUGGCGCUUUUGCUCGAAAGAAACCGCUGAUUUCCUGCUUCACUCACGAAAGAAAGCAUCGCCAAAUCAAACAGCUGGCAAACGAGAUUCACAACCCUGGAGACUGGUUUGAGAAAUCCGUCUUCAGAGACGUGUGGGGCGAAGUGAUCCUGCAGAUGCAAGCGGACUCUUUCAGUCUGCAGCCCCAUCUGCUGUCACCCAAGAAAGCUACGACAGCUACGAUCUCUUUGCAGGCCAUGUUGAAUGCAAACUUCGGCGAUCGAGCAUGCGGUGCGACUUUUUCCUUUCAGGCCGUUUGCAGGCCGGGCCAGAGCUGCGAGAAAGGUGAUCUCGUGCUGCUUUCUUCUGGUGAUGUGGUCCAAGUGUGGCUGCAUUGCCGCCUGUAUGACGGGGACAUGUGCACUUUGUAUAGCAUUCUGAAGCCUCUGGGUAAGAAUCGCUUCCUCCUGGACGAUUCCACGGCUCGGUUUAUUCCGAGUGUCCACAUCCAGAGGGCAUGCUACUAUAAGAAGUGUCCCAAGGAUGGCGAGGUCAUGGUCACUCCUGCCUAA